AUGGUUCUGGAGGACGAGAGCAGCGAUGACAACUCAAGCCUCCCGUACAUGUACUCUGAAACCUCCACCGAUGGGCUGAACCAGGAUUUCGUCGAUGUUGUGAGGAUUUCGUUUGAUUUGUUGUGUCCUCGUGCUGUGCUUUUGACUGUGCAGGUGCCUUUCUCACUUGAGGACCCGGAUUACAAGGGCCUUGAGCUAGAUCUGAAGGCGUUCUGCGAGAAGCAUGGGAAGCCAUCAGAGAGGCUUGUUGCGUUUGAAGGAACAAUGACUGGGAGAAGGUUCUUAGCAUGUGCAGAGCCGGAAGGUCAGAAUUGUGGGUUUGUUCAGUGGGUUGAUGAGCAGUGGCCCCCAACAAUGGAGAAUGCAUUGCUGAAGCUUUGGUCAAUGGUUGAAGAAAGCAAGUCUGCUAGGGUGAAUGAUAAUCUUCAAAGUGCUUUAACUAUUCAUCAUUUGACAGAAGAAAAGAACAAGCUAGAUGCAGACUAUGACAAGUUAGUGAAAGAUGUGCAUCAACUUGUGGACUUUCAGCAGGAUAGGGUUGUGGAUUUCAGUUAUCUGCAGUCUGCUGUCACAUAUCAGCACCAAUGCAGAACUGAAUUGGUGGCUGGUAUGAAGGCAGAAAUGGCAAAGAAAGAUGCAGCUACAGAGAAGCUUCAACAGAAGUAUGAACUCCUGUGCAACCUGACAAGUGCUCAAGCAACUGUCAUCCAAAACCAGAAGUUGAAGAAUAUGAAAGAGAAGGAAUUGCUGAGUGAGGCUAGGAUGAAUUUGGAGUUGAAGAAUGCAGAGUUCACAAAGUUUGAGGAGAAGCUCACCCAAGAGAAGCUAGAGUUGAAGUUCCAGGUUGCUGAUCUGCUGAAGCUCAAGGAAAACCAUAAUGAAGAGAAGCAGAUGCAAGAGUUUAAGAUUACUGAGCUCAUGAAGGCAGAGGAGAAGCUGAAGGAGAAGAUCAAGGGGAUCCAGGCCAUCUUGCAGAACUGAACAAGAUGAAUUGAGAUUAGUGGGCAUUGCAGACCUUUUGGGAAGGAUGGCUGUGCAAUGACCUAGUAACUUAGAAUUAUGGUUGUGUAAUGUAUGGUUCUAGUACUAAUUGUGAACUCUGGCUGUUUAUGUACCUAGUAGUUAUGCUAUUCAUCCUUUUGUGAGAAAAGGAUGGAUUGUGCAUUUGAACUCC